GGAUACUUGAGAGAUCGUCGGCGCCCCUCGUUAGACAACAUCUACACCGGACCCUGCGGCCUUUCUCGUGUCUCGGUUGAUAAUUGAUUCAGCACAAGCCACAGUGGGCCGUAAUCGUCUCGAUCACAUGGGAGAGAUAGUAGUAGUUGGACUGCCCCUCCAUCAGGCCACCCGCCCGGCUUGCAAGCAUCGAGGAUACUGUGUACUGCCAGGCAGAGUCCAUGCCUGACCCCUGUACGCACCUUCGAAGAAGCUGUGCUCCAGUAACACGAACCAGAUUGCGGGCAUCGCACCACGGGCCAUGGGUUUCCGGUUUCCGGGCCAUUCCCUCACUUGGGCUAUCUUAUCAGGACCGUCUGGCUCAAACGGCAUAACAUCCAUGACUGCUUGACUAGAACAGCCCAUAUCGGGACUCGGCAACAGACGGAAUGGAUGGUAUGGGGCUCCGGGAAGGAUCUCUAGGAUCUCUUUGGGGGACAAGUCCCGGCCCAGGGUUGAAAAAAAAGGGAACUCUACGGUUUCACAAAGAAGGAGGGCAAACGCAGCUGGCAUCCUCGGACGGAGCGCGGGUUGAGCUCCUCUCCCCGAUAUCAUGCAUACGACCCUUCGUAACACGGACGGAUGCUUGUUUCGGUCGCCAGUACCCGGGAAUUGCGCGACGAUGGACGAAUGAGUCGUCAGUUGACUACACGCGGCCUGGGAAGCAGGAGGCCAUAACCAUCACGAUCGGCAGGUGUUUGCGGUUUGUCUGCAGGUUUACAUCUGGGCAGGGCGUAGCGUGCAGAUCAAGUUUGACCCUCCUUUGUAGCCACGGCAUGACAUCCGCGGGUAGCCCGACCCAGUGGGCUGGAAAUAGCAGACGAGACGGUCCGAGAGCUAUCAAUAGGGGCACCACGGGAUCCUCCCUGAUUCGCCGAGCCGGUCCCACGUCCACGCAAUUGGAAAUGGGUUCCAGUUUCUUACAGGCGGGCCACACCUUCAACGGGAUUGCGUACAACAUGGACAUGAAUGGGCCACUGGCGAGGGCUUACGCUGCGUUUGUAGGGCGGCUGGACACAUAAGCUGGCGAGAUAGCGGGUGCAUGUUUCAUCCCACUCUUCUCGAGAUACCACAUUCCCAGGGGCACGCACAUUUUCUCUUCACCCAUCCAUGCCAUUGGCCCAACUUCUGGUGGCCACCGGAAGUCGUCAUCCAGCGCAGAUUUCCGCUUGAUGUUUCCGCUUGAUGAAAACG